AUGAAUACAACAGAAAAGGAAUACAAGACAAUUAAUGGAUUCACAAGACCUAAACAUCCCUUUUAAAUUUUCACUAUGAUCUUCUUUAUUCAACUAAUGUGUUGUGUAUCGAUAGCUAUAAUGCCUAUAACAAAUUUGUUGGUUCAAGUAUAAAAUAUAAAGAAUAAAUAGAUUAUUUUAGCAUCAUUUUUUUACUUUUUCUCAAUGAUGAUAUUUUACUAUGCAUUCAAAGCAUCAUACAUAGAUCCUACUGAUGAUUUGAUAAUAUAAUCAAAGAGAGGAUAGAGCUUGUAAUAUUUACAUAAAUUAAUUAAUAGCGAAAACAUAUAAGAACUUUAUGAUUUCUAUUGUUCCUUUUGUGAUAGUUAUGUUUCCAGCACUACUAAACAUUGUAGAGUUUGUGAAAGGUAAAUUCAGAUAUUUAUUUGAGAUGUGUGUCUGAUUUUGAUCAUCAUUGUAAAUGGCUUAAUAAUUGUAUAGGAAAAAAGAAUUAUCAAGAAUUCUUUAAGUUAUUAAUAUUUGUAUCAUUAUUUGGAGUAACUUUUAUAAUAUUUGGAUUGUUUUCAAUUGCAUUUUAAUCACCAAAGUUAAUGAUUUGGAUAUUGGUAAAUGUUGGUUUAGUAGCAAUAUUGUUUUUACUAAAUUUUAACUUAAUGUUUUUUCAUUUUUGGUUAAAAUAUUAAGGAGUAACAACUUAUGCUUUUAUUAUAUAAAAAAGAUAAAAGAAAUCUUAAGAAGUUCAAAUAGAAACUCCAUAAAAAUUUUGGUAUUCAAUUCUACUUAAAUAUUUUUCAUUAGUUGUAGUAUAAAGAAAAAUAGAAUAGCAUAAGUUAAUCCAAAAUAAGAUUAUACUUAAGGAGAAGAGUAAUUGGAUAAAAAUGAAGUGAUAUAACAUGAACUUCCAACUGAUAUUAAACAAUAAAAUUUGGAAAUUGAAGGGGAUGCUGAAUCAGUUCCUGAUAAAUCCUCAAAAAGGAAGAUUAGUUCUCAUACAAUAAAUUCUUAAAUUAAUAAUUAAAUAUAAGAAUGA